CUACACAUUACUUUGGAGGCCAAAUUGGAGAGAUAGUAAGACUGGUUUUCAGGUUGGGCCAUGGCGCUAGAGUCAGAACAAGAUAUGGGCCUCUCUCACCGGGCAAAAGCCUGCAAUGACUCUGUGAACAUUUAUUCGUAAACCAAGGAUUUGUUGGACUAUGAGUGGGGCAUUUUAUAGAAAUGGGCCUCAGAAGUAGAUUCCAAUUGGCCCAAUUAUACCGGAUGAAAUCGUAUAUUAUAAUCAAGAAAAUGAAGAAAACUUCCCCAAAUAAAAUAAUUAAUCGAAUAAAAUGAUUUGUUCUUCCGCCUUGAACGUCCCGAACCUCCGGCAACCGCCGUCCUCCCCCCCCGGCGGCGCCGAACCAAAUCCCAACCGCUCUGCCCCUUCCAAACCCAACUCCUUACCUCUUCCCGCCACAGGUUCCUUCCCGGAACCAGACUCCAAUUCACCGUCCAGAAAACUCCGCGGCAGCGCUCAGCUCAACCGCUGGUCUAGGGCUCGAGCAAUCCGUUCCGGCCGCAAAUUGGAACGGCCUGGCCAUCGAGCUGAGGUCCUCGACCGAGUCGACUCCGCCGAUCAGCUCAACGACCGCGAAUCGCUCGAGUUUGGCGCCGGGAGGACGAAGACCAGAAGAGACGAUGAUGACUACCACGAGGAGGCCGCCGUUGGGAAAUCGAUUUACAUGGUCUCCGACGGAACUGGAUGGACGGCGGAGCACUCCGUCAACGCCGCGCUGGGACAGUUCGAGUACUGCUUGGUCGAUCGCGGUUGCCCCGUCAAUACUCAUCUCUUCUCCGGGAUCGAUGAUGUGGAGCGGCUGAUGGAGAUCGUGAAGCAGGCGGCCAAAGAAGGCGCGCUGGUGAUCUACACGCUAGCAGAUUCAUCCAUGGCGGAAUCGGUGAGAAAAGCCUGCGAGAUUUGGGGUAUUCCGUCGACGGACAUCUUAGGCCCAAUCACGGAGGCGAUUUCUUCUCACAUCGGUGUCUCGCCGUCGGGGAUUCCACGUGGAGCCGCGGGGAGAAACGUUCCCCUAUCUGAGGAAUACUUCCAGCGAAUUGAGGCCGUGGAAUUCACCAUCAAGCAAGAUGACGGGAAUCUCCCACAGAACUUGAGGAAGGCCGAUAUAGUCCUCGUCGGGGUUUCCCGUACCGGGAAGACUCCAUUAUCGAUUUACUUAGCUCAGAAAGGUUACAAAGUAGCUAAUGUACCUAUGGUUAAUGGAGUUGACUUGCCCAGGAGCUUGUUUGAAGUGGACCCUGAGAAGGUGUUCGGGCUGACGAUUAACCAGCAUGUUCUGCAAGCGAUUCGGAGAGCUAGAGCGAAGACUCUGGGAUUUAGCGAUGAAACGAGGAGUAAUUAUGCUGAGAUGGAUCAUGUGAGGGAGGAAUUGGAAUAUGCAGGCAGGGUUUUUGCGCAGAAUCCUGCUUGGCCAGUGAUUGAAGUGACAGAGAGGGCAAUUGAAGAAACUGCUGCAAUUGUGCUGAGGCUCUACCAUGAUAGGAAGAACAGAUGCUUGAUGCCGAGGAUUUCGAAACGCUACUAGAGUUCAUACUCCACUCACUUUCUUAUUCAUACGAUGUUUACUUUGAGUUUCCACUUGCAGAAGAAAGCUACUUGGCUUGUGAAUCAAUUGAUGAAGACCAUUCUGUUUAUAGAAGUAAUAUGAUGGCUCUUUCUGGUACCUUCAUUCCCCUAGUUGUGACUACUCAACUAGCAACUAGCUACUAGCUACAUUGCCCACUUCUUCUUGCUCCACUGCCAAAUUGUUGGCGUUUGUUGUGUUAAGGCCUUACCAUGGCAAAGGAUAAACAUGUUCAAUGUCGUGAAUUCUGAAUCGCUACUAGGAUUCAUGUUCACCUCACUUCCUUGUAAGCAGCCACAUACACUCUCAUAUAUACAGACGAUGUUACAUUGGAUGGAAGAAAGUUGGAUUCUUGGCUUGUGAAUGAGAUGGACAUAUUUGUUCUUUAAAGGGGAUAAUUUUUCUGAUGGACAUAGUGGCAUAUGCAUUUGGUUUGCCUCAUCGAAUGACUGAAAGUGCAAGGUGAGCAUCUCUCGAGAUCUGGGAAUUUUUGUAGUACUCUUCUACUUCUAGUUCGAUAUUGAAACAUGUCCAUAUACAAGUUUUGCCUGAACAUGAUAGCUCCUCUGUUUCCUGUGUUGAGACUACCUGCCUCUUCUUCUAGCUUCACAGCCAUAUCCUUGGGCAAUUGAAAAAAGUUUGUAGCAGUUGUAUUGAAGGCCUUUUAACAUGUCAGGAUUCCGAAACUGUACUAGGGUUCCAACAUUCUCUUCACUUCCCACUGCACAGCCACACACAGUCAGACACAAAUGCUACUUUCGAUUCCCACUUGCAGAAUAAAGUAAGCUGCUUUGCCUAACAGAUCGGUUGCAUGAAGGAAGUGGUUUCUCGAGAUGGGAAUUUAGUUCUCUUUCUUUCCCCUUCCAUUUCUGGGAUGAACUUGAAAUCUGUGUUUCCACAUUUUUGCUUCAAUAUGAUGGCUCUUUAUGCUUUCCUUUUUGUUUCCUUAGUUGAAGACUACUACUGCAACUUGGCACAUGCCUCUGCUUGAAUAGUGUUAGGGAUUCAUAUGAUAACAUCUAUUGUUAGGCUUCCCCUUGUAACUCUGUAUUCCCCACUAUCCUCUGCUGCAUACAUACCUUACUAGCGUGCUUGUGCUUUUGCUCAUUUCAAUUGCAUUUUCCACCUUUACAAAAGCUUAAUGCUAUGGCCGGUGGCACAAUAAUAAUAUGCUCUGCCUAUUGAUGCUUUCAUGUACAAACAAAAAGCAGGGCUAAAGGCAAAGACAGCCCUCUCAGUGGGAUCGCCAAAAGAAGCCAUUACAAAAUUCAGGAGGUUUCCAAGGGAUGGGCUGGUUGGUUAGACGACUUGAACGAGGGAAUAAACUAAAGAGACCCCAAAAGGUAAGUAACUAGGAGCUUUCCAUCCAUGUGCACAAUCUAAAUGUUAUUUUCUCAUAUUUAUAAAACAAAGAAGAAGAUUCCUAUUCCUUUGCUCCAUUUUUUUUUUUAUAUCAGACUUCAUCACCAUGUCCUUUUGUCUUCCAUCUCUCUUUGUAGUGCUCCUGUGCAGCAGCAGCCUCCAUGAACAAUGCACGACCUUCAGCUCGAUUUUUUAAAUGGGUAAUCAUUGAUUUGAGCGUUUUCUCAGUCGUUUACUGCGUCUUUAUCGCAUUUAUGUACAUCGAUGAAGUCAUUCGAGGGCAGCAGCGUCGUCAGACUGGACCGCGGCGAUCGACAGUGUGAAGUAUAUCAGCAACAGUGUCCCUAUGCUAGAUCUGUAACAAAAAGGUCAUCAGUAACUUGAUUUAUAGUCUCGAGUAGGGGUUAACUACCAAUUUAAGGAACUUGUCUAUGGUAUCAGAUACUGCAUUUGGCAUGGAGACGAUUACGAGAUACCAAAUUCGAUCUAAUAAAUUACCACUGCUGCAUAUUUUAGCUGUCUCCAUACCAAAUUCAGCAUCCAAUGUCGUACGACAUUGUUGAGUCCGGUGACCGAAUUGGCAUUCGACCUUGACACGUUGGAUGAAGAGAGAGAGAGGGACUCACAAGGUGGCAAAGAAGAAGAGGACUUUUCUGGGAUCAAGCAGCCAUGAAUUCUGAUGCCGCUUGAAACUGUUCCUUCUCAUCGUGGAUCGUCCUUCGACAGCGGUGGUGGCUUUGAUGCUGCCGGCGGCAGAGGUAAUAGUGAUCUGAUGAUGCCCCUGUCCCUCCACCAUUCCCUUUUCCGGCGUGCUACUCCCUACCAGCAAACCUCUUUCUCCUCCUUCUCCUUCCCCUGGCCCAACUGGUUAAUAAUGACAACAGACCCCAUUUCAGUACAAAGUGAAACAACGAAGAGAAAUGAGUGAAAACAAAAUGGAUUGGAUUCUCUGUACCAUCCAUCCAUCUUGUCUGGUGAAAAACUAGAGUCAGCAACCCAAAAAGAGCUCUUUACUGUACCUUGUUGUCUGCUAAAUCUAACCAUAAAAACAAAAAAUCCCA